UUUACGACGCAACGAAGCAAAAGCAUCCAGUUCUUCGCAUUCUAUUUCUUAGUAGGCAAUAGCAACUACAAACAACAAAAUCCUUUCUUUCUCUGUGGAAAAUAAGCUUUAAUCUUUUGAGAGAAAGAAUAUAUAAAAGCAAAAACAAAAUAAAAAAUGAAAGAAAUGUCUAUCUGCUUCAAUUCCAACUCCUCCUAACCAAAAGCAAAAAAAAAAAAAACUGAAAGCAGAGCAAAAACAGAGGAUAACAGAGCAAAAGAACAGAGAAAGAAAGGAGAGAUGGGAGGAGUAACGUCUUCAAUGGCGGCAAAGUUUGCUUUUUUCCCACCAAACCCACCUUCAUACAAGCUUGUAAUUGAUGACCUAACUGGUCUUUCGCUUCUAAGUCCUUUUCCUCAUAGAGAAAACGUUGAGGUUCUUAAGCUUCCAACUCGGCGUGGCACGGAGAUUAUAGCUAUUUACAUCAGGCAUCCUAUGGCUACUUCAACUUUGCUUUACUCUCAUGGUAACGCUGCCGAUCUGGGUCAGAUGUAUGAGCUUUUCAUCGAUUAUGACUAUUCUGGGUAUGGGCAAUCUUCUGGAAAGCCAAGUGAGCAGAAUACAUAUGCAGAUAUUGAAGCUGCAUAUAAAUGUCUUGAAGAGAGGUAUGGUACAAAACAGGAAGAUAUCAUCCUGUAUGGCCAAUCUGUUGGUAGUGGCCCUACUUUGGAUCUAGCAGCUCGGCUGCCUCAGUUAAGAGCUGUUGUUCUGCACAGUCCCAUACUUUCUGGCUUGAGGGUCAUGUAUCCUGUAAAGCGCACAUUUUGGUUUGACAUUUAUAAGAAUAUCGAUAAAAUUCCACUUGUCAAUUGUCCUGUUCUUAUCAUUCAUGGAACUUCAGAUGAAGUUGUGGAUUGCUCUCAUGGUAAGCAGCUUUGGGAGCUGUGCAAAGAGAAGUACGAACCACUGUGGCUUAAAGGAGGGAACCACUGUGAUCUAGAGCACUAUCCUGAGUAUAUCAGACAUCUCAAGAAGUUCAUAUCAACCGUAGAGAAAUCUCCUUCUCAAAAGCACAGUUCCAGGAGAAGCACAGACCAAUUUGAUCAGUCUCGAAAAAGUACGGAUGUGUUUGAGGUCUCAAGGAAGAGUACCGAUCGUAGAGAGAAACCAAGGAAGAGCACUGACAGGCCUGAAAAGUUGAAAACUCAGUCUAAUAAUAUGGAUAAGCUAGAUAAAUUAAGAGUCUCCUUUGAUCAAUUGGAAAGGUCUCGCAGGAGUGUGGAUUGCCAUGAGAAGUCCCGAAAAAGCAUUGAUCACCAGUUAGAAAGAGCACGGAAAAGUGUUGAUCGGUUGGAUAGAUUACGAACUGGUUAAUACUUUCAUGUAAAAAAAAAAAUUGCAUGCAUGCAAGUGUUUGGUGUUGCGAUGAAUUAAUUUUUGCUUCUUUUUAAUUUAUUAUCACGGUGUUUGGGCUGUGUAGUUGGCUUGGCAUAUAUCAUUUCAUAAUACAGUGCCAUGAAACCUUUCUGUUGUUAAAUCCAUCUUGUAAACCGAAGCUAGUUUUCCUCAGUCAUGGGCAUUUCAAUUUGCAGAAAAUACCAUUGGAGAGCAGCUUGUUGCAAAGCUGAAAAGGUUAAGCGGAACCUUCCUGGCAUGUUUUGGUUGAUAGUACCUUCUAGCAAGAACGGAAUGAAGCAGAAAAUACUGAUACACGCCUGACUGGUGACCACCCUGGCUAAAUGGUAAAACUUCCAUUUGUCUGCUGCAGGUAGACAAAGUUAAAAGAGACUCCUGCCUGCUCGUGAAGACAAAAGUACCAAGCACCUGUCAAUUAGUUCACAAAUAGACAGACCAGGGGCAUGGAAUGCUUUGAGGACGGUAGCUGCCUCCACGCGUGUUUUUCUGCAUAACCAAACUAGUUAAAUCAAUAGAUUUU